UACACAGUUCACAGUGCUGAAAUGGGCAACCAAACCUUGAAGCCCAAAGCUAUCCUGGAUUGUAACCAUACAAUGGGAGGAGUCGACCAGGCAGAUCAGAUGCUGUCCAGCUACUCAGUGCCACGCAAGCGAAAGAAGAUCUCAAACAAAAAGAUCUUCCAACACUUAUUGGAUGGAGCGACCUACAAUUCACUCAUCAUUUAUCAGAAACGAGGAGGCAGAGCAUCUCAUCUAGAUUACCGGCUCAAGCUUAUUGAGGCAAUCAUCACCAAGUACUCCUGUAAGAGCGGUACCAAGAAGAAAGGGCGGCCGGGAUGUCCCCUGAACAUCAAACGGUUUGCUCAGCGCCACUUGCCGUCGCAUAUACCAGCAACAGAGAAGAAGCAAGAACUGACACGCCGCUGCGUAGUCUGCUACAUGAAGCGAGACGGAAAUGGCAAAAACAUCCGCAAGGAAACCAGGAUCUGGUGCAGGUAGUGCGAGAAGGCUCUCUGCGCAGGGCCGUGCUUUGAACGCUAUCACAUGGAUGGUAUUAAGUGAACUAUCGAGGAAUAGUGCAUCUUCUGCGCGGCAAUUCAAUUCCAACCCUUACUUUCUGGAGUUGCAGGAACUUGUUUCAGAAUACACCUCAAAUGCCCCAUGUAUUAUAGGGUACUAUAUGAUGGAGCGAGGAAUGGCCAAUAAAACAUUCUUAUCUGCCGUAAAAAGUUUUCACAAAUACUUUUUCGUUUGGAACAUAUUACUGAAGCAUUUCGGAGUCAUAAAAAAUUUGGCAAUUUUGGAACAUAAUUUUUUUUGUUAAAUGAGCCCUUAAGGGGUUAAUGAGCAUUUCGUGCUUUGUUUUACGAUAGCCGAAGGUACUUACAAGCAUGAGCUGUUAACCUUGUUCUUUGUAUAUUUUUUAAUACCUUUAAUGUGGAAGCAUUUUACAGGACGGAUAGUUCUUCACGAUAGGGGCAUCUUGAAAAAAAGCUUUUCCCCACCUUGUUAUUGUGGAGAGGAGGGUGCGCACACUGUGUGAGGAAGAGUGCUGCCAGUGUGUUGUUGUGCCACUACAGUCGCCGACCGAUAAAUUGGACACCGAUAAUUCGGACGUGCUCGGUAAUUCGGACAGCUUUGUGGCACCACCAGUGGCCCCGUAGACUUAAUGUGUAAAGACGACCGAUAUUUCGGACAGCCACCAGACUGUAGCGUACGCAGAUUCUGCCGCCAUUAUCU